UUUAGGUCUCAGCCUUGUGUCUUUCUUGGAUACAACUCCAAAUAUAAAGGUUAUAAGGUCCUAUUGCCAAACAGAAAAGUCAUCAUCACUAGAAAUGUGCUUUUUGAUGAGAAGGUUUUUCCAUAUCAAACCAAACACCUUACUGCCACCACAUCUCCUACCUCACCUCAGAUUACCCUUUCAGCCCCUCCCAUCAUUGUUCACAGAUCUACCUCUAAUAAAACCACACCUCCUUCACCUCUAUCAUCUCAUCUUCAUACACCAUCUUCAAAUAAUUAUAGUUCUCAUUCUUCUUCUUCUUCUCAUACAGUGCCCAUACAUGAUGCUCAAAAUUUACUCAUUAUUUACCCAUUGAAGAUUAUGUUCCUGCUGCUUCUAACCAACAUGCAG